AUGUCACUGGGGGUAGAAGGUGACCCCAGCUCUGGCAGCAUGGCAGCCAGGAGAGUCACAGGUUCGACCCCGUGCGAUCCGGGGGGGUCUGAGACGGUCCCCCUCCUAAUAUCAGGCAUCGCAUUGAAUUCCCGGCUUCACGCGGCACCCAUGAAUAAAAAGGAGCUGCUGUUGGCGGUGGGGAGCCCUGGAUGGAGGAGGCUGCACGCCCUCGUCGGGUCGCUCUUCUGGGUCGGCUGGUUGGCCAUGGUAGGCGUGGCCAUUGUCGUCAUCGCACAGAGCCCCAACCCCGUGGUGCCACGUCUACGCUGGUGGCAGAGGACGCCCUUCUGCCGGCUACAGGUAGCCCUGUUCUUAGACUCUGGGCAUACAGGCGCGAGGGCGAUUAACGAGGUGCGUGACCGCCUGCCUUACCUGCGCAACCUGGGUGUGGGAGCCCUGAUACUCGAAGGCCUCUUUCCCAGGGGGCUCCCUGCUCCUGCCAUCAUGAAGCUCAACGCGUCCCUGGGCACACUUCCCCAGUUCCAGCAACUGCUUGCUGAGGGCCAUAAAUCAGAUAUGAGAAUCUUGUUGGACCUCUGUGAUUUGGACUUUAGAGACUCAAGCACCCUCAACUCAAGUGACCAGACAGAAGAGAGCACAAACCCAGUACUGCCUGGCCUGCGGUUUUGGUUGGAACAAGGCGUCGGAGGAUUCAGCAUCUGUGACACAGACGCAGCGUAUUCAGUGCAUACGCUGUUGGAAUGGAGAGGGCUCAUGCGGAACUUAAGUCAAGAGGAAAAUGAGAGGAUUCUUGUGGUGAGCAAGGCAGAAGAGACCAGCCCACGGCACAACGUCUCUGAUCCUGUGGGCAACCAUUCGCUGGUGGACAUGAUCACAAGAUCCUUCCUUCCCUCGUCGCCUCGGCCGCUUUCCUCGCAGGAUGUCGCGGUUGCCAUGGAGACGCUCCUGCUAAGACCCCAGCGAGAAUGGCCUAGCUGGACGGUCGGGGGGGUGCUGCCUGGAGAGCUGCAAAAUGUCCUCAUGGUGCUUCUGAUGACUCUGCCUGGGACUCCGGUGAUCAGCUAUGGGAUCGACAUCAGCCCGUCGCAGGUCCGCAGAAGACCUGCACACACAGACUCAGCACUCUUUCGCUCCCUCAGCCAAUUACGCUUCAGAGAGGAGGCUCUGCUCCUUGGGAACCUCACCUUCCUCUCCCUCAGUAACUCAUCCCAAACCGGCGCCGGCUCUGCCCCUCCCCCGUCGCCCCCCAUCCUGGCUUUCCUGAGCUCGUGGAGCUGCACGCGCAUCUUGGUGCUGCUCAACCUGAGCCCGGACAUCCAGGGCCUGGAUCCCAGCGGGGUCCACAGCCUCCCCGCCGACGGAGUUUUCCUGGUCAGCACAGGACUGGGUCGCCUGGGCUCCUGUGUCCUUGAAAGACUCCAGCUUCAACCUUGGGAGGCAGUGGUAAUUAAAUUUUAGUUUGGAUGCUUCACCUAAGCUGCAUCAUUCGUUAAAGAAGCAUACUUACCCGAGCCUUACAUUUUAAAGCUGCGUAUUUGCAUUUUUCCUGUUUUGCUGAAAGUUUGAUUCCUCAAAUGACCACAAGAGGGCAGCACUUACCCAUGACAUAUCGUUUAUUUGUGCCACUGUGCGAUGAGGGUGACAAAAGCAGAUUUGUCACAUGAUUGCAUCCAGGCAGAUAUUUAUAAGAUACGCUGACUGAUGACACAUAACUUCUAAAUGGAUAUAACAUCAUCCCAGCUAAAUGCAUUGGGGUGCUCUGUGGUUCAAAUGCUUAGGAUGCUGUUGCUGUGAUUAAGUGGUUGUUGGUUCAGAUCCCAGCAUCAGCAGACCGAUUGUUCCAUUGGGCCCUUGGGCCAAGCCUUUGGCUGACUCAUUGUUCUCAAACAUGUACUUUGGAUAUAAGUGUUCUACUAAACUAAGUAAAUGUAAAAAGCAAAUAUGUAAGACAUGGUACCUGAAGUAUUGGGGAUGGGAUCAUGCAGACCUACAGAUAAAUUACUGAAAACUCUGAUCCCUAAAACUGUGUGUUAUCAGCAGCUUAUUUGUUUGCUGUGUAAAUGGGACAUUUAUUGAUACAUAUUUAUGUCAUUUUCAGUAUUAAUUCAGUGCAUACAUAUAUUUUUACUUAGUACUGUGUCUUUGACUAACUUCAGAGAGCCAGGCAGUUUAACAUUUUAUCCAAACCUAAGCCCAUUGCUAUACUUUAAUUUUAUUUGGCAUAUAACCUUCCAAAUGAGCAUGUUCUUUUUUGAAGAAAAUCAUUUACCUAAAUGUUUAUUUAAUUGUCUGCUGGACAUGCAGCAAACAGCUUACAUUAAAUCUCUUACUCCUUACAUCACAUAAACUAGCCAUCGGCGCUGUUUCUAUGAAAUAAUAAAGCUGGUACUAACCGAAGGUUAUUUAUUCAAGAAUUGCCAUUAACUUAUUUAGAGUUUUCAUUAAUUGUCUUUAGACCCAGUGACUUGGGGCUUCUCAGCGUGUUUUGUUAAAGGAACAAAGGAAGGAUGAAGGAAAAAAAAGAGGGGAAAAUAGGAAAAAAGAGGACAAAACAGCAGUGACUCAAAGGUAUUUGAUCCACAACAAGAUGCUCAUCAGCUCUGAUAUUACGUUUGUUUAGCAGACGUCUUCAUCCAAAGCAGGGUGAGACAGUCCCUGGAGGAAUUGGGGUUAAGGGUUUUGCUUCAGGACAAUGGUGACCCAACUCUGCCUACCCUGGGAUCUGAACCAAGGACCAUCUGGCCACUGGCACUGCAUUCUUUUCUAGGGCCUUGCACAUGUCACAUCUGGCUGUGAGGCAUGUUGGCCGUCCUGCAUGUCAAUGUUCAGCUACUAUCAACUUCUAAGUCGGCUUCCGUUUUAUUUGAAUUCUUAGGGGUUGUAUGUUUGUCUGAUACGAUAGAAAAUCAAUCGAAAACAAUCAAAUCAAAGUUGUUUACUAAAUUAUAUAUUGUAUGUG